AUGGCAACGACAUCUGGUCGCUGUGACGUCACCGCCGCCGUGCUCGCCAUUGUGUCCAUGCGUUGCCGCUAGCGGGAGACCUGCCUCGUCCAUGUGGAAGUAGCAGCUACAAAUGGAGCGUGGUUCAAAACGUCGGCAGGUGAAACCUCUUGCUGCUUCUCUCCUGGAUGCCUUGGACUAUGACAGCUCCGAUGAUAGCGACUUUCAAGUUGGAGAUGCCUCAGGCUCAGACGGCACCGGCAACGGCAGUGACGAAGACGGUUCUAAAGCCAGCACCGCAGCUUCUGAAAGUGACUCCGACAAUGCGGCCUCUGCAGAAGACGGUGUUGAUGAGGAGGAUUCCAAAGACAACUUUACGGAGGACGAAGACAAGUCCAAACAGCAGAAUUCCUCAGACGGCUCCACCAAAGAUGCCGCUGUGGCCAGUCCGCCCAAAGGAAGACGAAAGAGCAAGAAGAUCACAGAGUCGGACUCGCAGUCAGCGCACGACAGUGUCUGCACGUCGGCGUCCGGGCCCGCCAGCGACAACGCAGAGGAACUGCAGGCCGAGCCCAAGAAAUGGAACUUUCGCAGGAACCGCCCGCUGCUGGACUUCACCAGCAUGGAAGAGCUGAACGAGAUGGACGACUACGACAGCGAGGACGACAAUGACUGGAGACCUACAGCGGGGAAGAAGAAGGGCAAAGCGGGGGCCCAAAAAGGGGGCACGGAGGAGGAGGCUGGUGGUAGCGCGAGCGAUGACGACGACGACGACGAUGAUGAUGAUAAUGACGAUGACGAGGAGGAGGAUGAUGACGAAGAGGACGAUGACAAGGAAGAUGGGGACGAGGAAAACAACAACAGUACCAGCGAGAGUGACGAGGUGAAGAAGCCCAAGAAAAAACCAAAGAGCAUAAACGCUUUUGAUGAAGAAUUGACAAAUGACAGCAUGUCCCAGGGGAAAUGUAACGAGGAUGCCUUGCUGGAUCGAUCCCAGACGUGGAGCACUCGACACAUCCUUAUCUGCUGUGUGUGCCUUGGAGACAGCAGCGGGGACGCAGAUGAGAUCAUUCAGUGCGACAAUUGUGGUGUCACCGUGCAUGAAGGGUGUUAUGGCGUGGAUGGGGAGAGUGACUCCAUCAUGAGCUCUGCAUCAGAGAACUCCACUGAGCCCUGGUUUUGUGAUGCCUGCAAGAAUGGAGUGAUGCCAAACUGCGAGCUUUGCCCCAACCAGGAUGGUAUCUUCAAAGAGACCGACGCAGGCAGAUGGGUGCAUGUGGUAUGUGCACUCUAUGUCCCUGGGGUAGCUUUUGGAGACAUAGACAAACUACGGCCAGUGACGCUCACGGAGAUGAAUUAUUCCAAAUAUGGGGCCAAGGAGUGCAGUUUCUGCGAGGACAGCCGCUUUGCCAGGACUGGUGUGUGCAUCAGCUGUGAUGCAGGAAUGUGUCGCUCCUACUUCCAUGUCACUUGUGCACAGAGAGAGGGGCUCCUGUCAGAAGCUGCUGCAGAAGAGGAUAUUGCGGAUCCAUUUUUUGCCUACUGCAAGCAGCAUGCUGACCGCUUUGAUCGGAAGUGGAAAAGAAAAAACUACCUGGCUUUACAGUCGUACUGUAAGGUCUCUCUGCAGGAGAGAGAGAAACAACUCACUCCUGAAGCUCAGGCCCGGAUCACGACGCGACUGCAACAAUACCGCACAAAAGCAGAACUGUCCAGGAACACUCGGCCCCAAGCGUGGGUGCCAAGGGAGAAGCUGCCCCGACCUCUGACCUCCAGUGCCUCAGCCAUCAGGAAGCUGAUGAGGAAGGCGGAGCUAAUGGGCAUCAGCACAGAUAUUUUCCCCGUAGAUCCAUCCGACACCAACGCUAGCCUGGACGGACGUCGCAAACACAAGCAGCCCGCCCUCACACCGGACUUUGUCAAUUACUACUUAGAGCGGAACAUGCGCAUGAUCCAGAUCCAGGACAACAUCUCCGAGCAGAAGGGUUUAAAAGACAAGCUGGAGAGCGAGCAAGACAAAUUGCACGUGGAGUACAACAGGCUGUGUGAGUCUCUGGAGGAGCUGCUAAAUGUCAACGGUGAUCUGCGCAGUGAAGGCCAGGCCAUGUGGACUCUCCUUGGGGACAUCCUGGGCCAGAAACUUAACACUCCAGCUGUUCUCAAAGCCCCCAAAGAGAGGAAGUCCAGCAAGAAAGAGGGGGAAACUCAAGGGAAGCCAUCCAGCCUGCCGGCAAUUCUCUACAGCUGUGGCAUCUGUAAAAAGAACCAAGACCAACAUCUGCUGGUGCUGUGUGACACCUGCAAACUCUACUAUCACUUAGGAUGCCUGGAACCGCCACUGACACGCAUGCCUAAGAAGACCAAGAACAGCUACUGGCAAUGCUCAGAGUGUGACCAAGCCAGCAGCGAUGAGGCGGACAUCGCCAUGGAGACACUACCUGAUGGUACCAAGAGAUCCAGGAGGCAGAUUAAAGGCCCAAUCAAAUUCAUCCCACAAGAGAUGUCACCAGAGCCCAAGAAGUCUCAAGUGAGGAGCUCAAGGACCAGAGGACAGAAGAGAAAGAGCAUCUCCAUGUGUGAGGACAGAGAAGACAGAAUGGAGGAACCACUGCCAAGGGAGCGCAGACAGCGCCAUGCGGCUGUGCUGAAAAAGCCCAAAGCAGAUGACAGCAGAACUGAGUGUACCACCUGUAAAGGUCCGGGUGACAAUGACAAUCUUGUGAGGUUGUGAGAGCCACGGCAGCCACCUCAGCCGUCCUCGGGGACGGAUGACCUUUGGCUUAGAGAGAGAGACAGACUUUGAGACAUUUGACUGUUGAGUCAGGAUGAAGACGGAGACCAACACCAAGACCUCACCCAAACUGGACCCACUGAGGUGUUAGAUCCACCCACCUGCUGAUACCCUCCAUUCUUACUGACAUUGAUCACGUUGUAUUGUUGUCAUGUUUACAUUUGGACCGCAUCAUCACCGAUCAAUACGGGUAUUGAUCGCAGCGUGUCAUUCUGGUGGUAGGAAAGGUGUUUGAUGUGAGGCCCUAACCACACCUUCUUUACCUUUGUGACCUCAGGGCCCGACUUGUAUGUCCCCUACAUACAGUGGACAUGAUACGGAACCAUGUUAGCACAUACAACAUGCCUUACUGUCUUUUAUUAUAAUAUCAUAUUGGCAUAUUCCUUCAUAAUAACAACAUUCCAACAAAAUAUAAUACGUGGUAGCCUUUUGCUGGGGGUUAGCAGCACUUUGGUCUUGAGUCUCUAACUGACUCCGAGUCGUGCAUAGAGAGAGUAUGGCCAAGUCUGGUUCAAUGUUGGUAGCAAACAUGGCGCCCUGGAGUCACGUCAGGGACUUUUGGACAUUUUAGAGAGAGUAUGGCCUCAGGAGGAGGUCCUGCUGGCCCCACUAUGGACUGGACUCUCACUAUUAUGUU